AUGUCGACGAGCAAUGCUCCCAACGCGCCCAUCUACGGCCAUCCCCAGGGCGCGGCCAGCCUGUCCGGACACGACCUCUCCCUCUACACGUCGUCGCAGGCAUCCUCGUCGUCUUCUUCCCUGAUCGACCCUUCCAGCGACAGGAGCUCGCUUUCGGGCGGCCACGGCAACGCCUUCAGCCCUCGGCCGGGCUCCGGGAUGCGUUCGGAUCGGUCCGGACCCGGCCCUUCGUCGUCGUCCCAGGGCUUCGGCUGUCCCAACUGUGGCAAGACGUUUGCCCGAGAUGACCUGCUCCGCCGGCACCUGGCCCGCGAGGCGCGCGCGCUGGCACAGCCGUCCUUUGACCGGCAGAAGAGCUGCUACGAGUGCGCCCGCAGCAAGGCGAGGUGCGACCUCGAGGUGCCUGCCUGCGGACGUUGCCGGUCGCGCGGCAAGCAGUGCGCCUACGCGCCUCGGUCGGGCAACCCCAACGUCCGCAAGGCUCGCCACGGCGUCAUGGUUCCCACCACGCUUCCCGGCGGCUCGAUGCAGGAUGCGUCCGGCACCAUGGCAGGCAUGUCGCCGAUGCCGCAGGGACAGUUCGGCGCCGACGGCAACGGGGGACAGCCCUGGGCGAUGCAGUCACCCGCGUUCGGGCCGGGCUACGUCAAGAGGGAGGGCGAGGCCGAGUACGACAGCACCAGUGACAGCGAGUUUGGCAGGUCAUGGAACGAGUCGUACGGCGACCAGCUCCGCCUCGCCCGUUCGAUGUCCAACUCGUCGAGCUCGGUCGGCUCGAGCGUGGGCUCGCCGCAGCGACCCUACGGCCUUUCGGACGUGCCAGACUCUGCGCCUCCAGCGAUCGGCCACUUUGGCUUCUCGUCCAACAUGGCGCAGGGGUUCCAGCCGCCUGCACGCACCGAGUCCCCUCACUCGUACGGCGAGGUGCCCCUGGGCCCUUCUGCCAGCGUCCACGCGAUGCACGGCGGGUCUGCGAGUCGGUCUAGCGGCUUCUCGCGGACCAACACCGGCAGCAUCGUGACCAACAUGGACAAGCAGGGUGCCAGGUACGCCCAGGACGAAGGCGAGGAAACGCCGAUCGUGCGGGUGACCAACAGCUUCGCGCAGGCGACCGGCCUCGAACCGCGAGAUCCGCACGACCCCUCGACGAGUCAUCACCUGACAACCCCGGGCGGGCGGCAGAAGGCCACCAGCCUGCCGCAUCCCGGCGAUGGGCACACUCUGGGCGACUCGGACAUGUCUGAUGGGUGGAACCCGCGGAUGACCCACGUUCCCAGUCAGGCAGUGAGGCUGGGACCUCCUACCCACCCUGGCCAGUCGCUGAUGCCUCCACCGCCGCAACCUCCGUCUUUGAUCACGUCGAACCUGGCGCGGACGGGCAGCCAGAUGAUGUUCCCGUCUCCCGUGCGGCCUUCGCUCUUCACCAACGGCCUGGACCUCUCGGGCUGGCUCGAGGAGCCCGUGGUGCCCUCGCCGCUCUACCGCAUGGGCCCGGGGUUCCACUCGACGCAAUUCAUGCCUUUCACGGGGAUGAGCGGUGGGAUGCUUCAGUCGCCCAUCGUCGAGGCGCCGAUUUCGGCGCGGUUCGCGGCAUCCCUGGCUCAGCUCGUUGGGGCGAGCAGCGCUACCGCUGACGGUAUCGGGAACGUGCAGGCGGGCACCGCUGGCAACGGCGAGAGCGCCCCCGGGACGAAUCCCGCGCAACCUUCGCUGCAGACCAAUGUCGGCGUCGGCCCGAACCGAUCCCUUUCGGAUCCCUCCGGCGCUGCGGCGGCCUCGCGCUUUGAUCAGGACGGCACGCUUCCGCAGCAAGGUGCGGAGCUUCCGACUGCAAAGCAGUGCUGGACGGCUCCCGAGCAGAGCGGCGAAGUCAAGGCCUCGCUGGCGCAGCUCAGCGCCGCCUGCUUCGUAUCGGUGCCGUCGUUCCUGGCGCUCAACGACCCCGCUGCUCCCUGCCCCCCCAACAUCCACCGACGCUGGCUGCUCGAAUUCCGCAACACGCAGCUCUCGCUCCUCGCCAACGCGCGGUGCGUCCUGGCGGGCUACUUUGUCCGGCUGCCCGCCAGCGAGGGUUUCGUGUGGAAGCUCAUCGCCGACCAGAUCAAGGCCAUCAUUGUGGGCUCGGUAGGCCUGUGCGGCAGCGAUACGAGCGAGGUCGAGGUGCUAUCGGCCGUCUCUGCGCUCUGGAUGUACCUCGUCCUGCUCAUCUUCACCGACGAUGCGGCUUGCACGCAACACGUCGACUCGGAGCUGCUCGACAGCGGCCUCUGCGCCCUCUCGGAGCUCUCGCAGAACCUCUCGGCAAGGCUGCGGUCAGGUGCGAGCGCGGGCGCUGCCAGCGAGGGGAGCGGCGCCGGCGACGCUUCGACGGCGUCGGAGGCCGACUUUGCUGCCUUCAGCCAGAGCGAGACGACCAUUCGAAACCUCUUUGCCGUCUACUCGUUGCUGGUCCUGCAGCGCUUCCGGGAAAAUGGCCAUCUGCUCAAGGACAAGCUGGUCGGCUGCGACCUCGUCCUCGACAUUCCGCUACCGGCGGGGGCCGCCGAGUUCGAGGCAUCGGACGAGGAGCAAUGGCGGGCUGAACGGACAAAGGCGGCCGAGGCACUGCGCAAGGCCGAAUGCCCCUCGACGAGGCCGACGCUGCGGCAUCUUCUCGCCGCGCGCAAGUCGAUGGCCUCGCAGGAUGUUCAGCAGCAGCAACAGUCCGAGCAGGAACCGGCUUGGGUCAAGGCCUACUUUGACGGGCAGGAUGCCUUCACCAACAUUGUCCUUUCCGUGGCAUUGGCGCUCGACGUGGAUCGCGAGGCGGUGUCGGUCUAG